AUCUGUCUCCGGAUGAAGACAUGCAAGACCUUGAUAUGUUGCAGAGAAGGAUAUUCUUCGAGAGACGAUCCAGAAAUAAACAUUCACCUCCACCUGUCGCAAAAAAGGCCCAAAAUCCGUCUGCAUCCACAGAGGCUCUGCACAUAACAGAGGUUGCCCCGGACCUAGAAAUCCAAAGACUAAAAUCUGCUUGUUUAAGGACAAGAGAAAUCUGCCCUGAGCCCCCAUCUGAGAUAAUCAGCAGCAACAGCCAUACUAACUAUGGUAAAUGUAGAGAUGUAACUGACCACAGAACUGACAGGGAUUCAGGCAGUGAGGUGGAUUCUUAUAAGCCCGUGUCAAAACUUAUCAAGGAAAAAAAUCAAAUGCAGAGACUGCAGGGUCGGGUCACAUCUGAGGCGGUUAAACCUGAGGUUCGAGUGGCAGAGCAGGGUCCAAGUGUGAAAGUAUCCCAGAUGAAGACCGCCUUUGAUGUCCCAAAGAGGUCCAAAGAGAGACAGGCAGAGGUCCAACCAUCUCCAAAGAAAGAUAUGUUGCGGCGAGUUGUGCGACAGAGCAAGUUCCGUCACGUCUUUGGUCAGGCGGUGAGGAACGACCAGUGCUACGAUGACAUCCGUGUCUCCAGGGUCACAUGGGACAGCUCCUUCUGUGCCGUCAACCCCAAGUUUGUUGCCAUCAUCAUAGAGGCGAGCGGGGGAGGAGCCUUUUUCGUCCUCCCGCUACAAAAGACUGGACGCAUAGACAAGGUCUACCCGACAGUGUGUGGUCACACUGGCCCCGUGUUGGACAUCGAGUGGUGUCCCCACAACGACCUUGUCAUCGCGAGCGGCUCCGAGGACUGUGCGGUCAUGGUGUGGCAGAUCCCUGAGGACGGGCUAGAGACUCCCCUUUCAGAGCCGGUGGUCGUGUUAGAGGGCCACUCCAAGAGGGUUGGCAUCGUGUCUUGGCAUCCCACCGCUCGCAACGUCCUCCUCAGCGCAGGGUGCGACAACCAGAUCAUCAUCUGGAAUGUGGGCACGGGAGAGGCCAUGAUCAACCUGGAGGACAUGCACCCUGAUGUUAUCUUUAGCGUCAGCUGGAGCCGCAACGGCAGCCUGCUCUGCACCGCCUGCAAGGACAAGAAGGUCCGCGUCAUCGACCCGCGUAAGAAAAAGAUUGUGACGGAGAAGGACAAAGCCCACGAGGGAGCUCGCCCCAUGAGAGCGAUCUUUUUAGCAGACGAGAACAUUUUCACCACUGGAUUCAGCCGCAUGAGCGAGCGCCAGCUGGCCCUGUGGAAAAGUGACAACAUGGAUGAGCCCAUAUGUGUCCAGGAGAUGGACAGCAGUAACGGAGUUCUGCUGCCCUUUUAUGACCCUGACACCAGCAUAGUGUACCUGUGUGGAAAGGGCGACAGCAGCAUCCGGUACUUUGAGAUCACAGACGAGGCUCCGUACGUGCACUACCUCAACACCUUCUCCACCAAGGAGCCGCAGAGGGGCAUGGGAUACAUGCCCAAACGAGGCCUGGAUGUCAACAAAUGUGAGAUAGCAAGGUUUUACAAAUUACACGAGAGAAAAUGUGAACCAAUCAUCAUGACAGUCCCACGUAAGUCGGACCUGUUCCAGGACGACCUGUACCCGGACACGGCCGGACCCGACCCCUCCCUGGAGGCGGAGGAGUGGUUCGCGGGCAAGAACGGCCGCCCCAUCCUCAUCUCGCUCAAAGACGGCUACGUCUCCACAAAGAACCGUGACCUGAAAGUGGUCAAGUCGAACGCCCUGGAGACCAAGCCGGCCACCAAGCCGGCCACCAAGCCGGCCACCAAGCCUGCCACCAAGGCCGAGCACAUCUCGCCGGUGCUGAAGCGCAUCACUCCACAGCCCUCAGUGAAAAUUGAAGAUAAACUGGAAGAGGUACUCCGAGAGUUCAAGUCACUCAGGGAUCGCGUCAUCCUCCAAGACCGUCGGAUCGCCAGACUGGAAGAGCAGGUCGCCAAGGUCGCCAUGUAAGAACCCACAACCACUCGUUGUUUUCGGAGAGAGAGAGAGAGAGAGAGAGAGAAUCGACUUGACAGUGUCUGCCACGGCCAAAUUCUCAACAUUGGGCUCCAUUUUGGCUCGGCGUCGUCUCCCGCGUGACGAGUUCAGGCCUACAUUCCAAGACGACCUUUUUAAUUUUCCUCAUCAAGCCUCCUCCAGGUUCCACACUCUUGCUCAGACACACACACACACAGAGAAAAAGGAAAAAAGAAACUCUAGCACCUCAUGUACGAAGAAAAGACAUUUUUUUGUUGUUGAAGGAAACGUCUUAAAUUCUUUUUUUCCUUUGUUUUUAAGUCGUGGUCAAACAUCAUCUCCCGUGAAGUUUGUACUUAACUGCUCAGACAACAACGUUAUGUAGCAUCAGUAUUUUUCAUCGCUCUCUUUUGUGUUGCCAAAUAUGAGUCACGUGCGUGUGUUCCACGCACUGCUUUUUACAUUAAUCUUCUCUCCUGUUGUACAUUCCAGUCACAACCAGGUAGAAUGAGUUAGUCGAGCUGGAUUUGUUUUUUUUGUUUUU